AUGUAUGAUUACUUCAAUACCCUCAAACAGCAUAUUGAAAAUAUCCCAGCAUCGCAAAUUUAUAAUAUUGAUGAAACCGGUUUCUGCCUGGAUCCAUCCCGGAUAAAAGUUGUUGGAGAGAAGGGUAGAGCAGCCCAUAGGACAACAAGUGGCCCAGCACGAGAGAAUAUAACAGUUCUCCUUGGGGGAAACGCUGCAGGUGAAAAACUUCCUCCACUCGUAGUGUUCAAGGGUAAACACAUAUGGAAUAGUUGGAUUCCAACUGAGGAAUACCCGGGAAUGACUUAUUCAGCCACUAAAAAUGGGUGGAUGAAAACGGAAAACUUUCAAAAAUAUUUUGAAAACAUUUUUUUACCAAAUAUUGGCAAAGACAGACCUACUGUAUUAAUUUAUGAUGGUCACACGUCUCACAUUAGUAUUUCUUUGAUAGAAAAGGCAAUAGCUAAUGAUGUGAUUAUAGUGAAACUUCCGCCUCAUUCCAGCCAUCUGCUACAACCUAUGGAUUUAUGUGUUUUUAAGUCAUUAAAAAUGGCAUGGGAUGCAGAGCUCAUAAAAUGGCAGAGACAAAACUAUGGUACGAAACUACCAAAACCUAUGUUUUGUACCAUUUUAUCAAAAAUCUGGUCACAAGUAAACCCUUCGUUACUUAUCAAAGGAUUUGAGAAAGGGGGGAUAUAUCCUUUUAAUAAUGAGGUCAUUCCCCUUGAACAUUACGAUCCAGAAGCAUAUAAAAGGUGGUGUGAUUCAAACUGCAAAAAUAAUAAUCCGGAAGAAGUACAAGUAGCGCAACCAAAUUUACGAUCAACAUUAGAAGAGCGUUUUAAUUUGCCAUCCACUUCAACAGUACCACCAAUAACUCCGCAGACAUCGUCAGUAAAUUCAAUAAAUCCGGAACUGCCAUCGACCAGUUCAGAACACCAGAAUCCGCCAGUUAACAACACAAAAAGUUUUGAGAGCAUUCUCUUAGAACAGCUAAAACAGAUGCCAAAACCAGCGAAAUCGAUCAGAAAGAGAGUAUGUAUAGGUGCCGAAGUUAUUACAUCCUUGGAAGCAGUUGCUAAAUUGAACGAGAAAGCAAACAAAAUUAAAAAACCAAAGAAGUCGACAACUAAGAAAGAUGGUAAAAAAUUGAAAAGAAAGCAAGUAUACGAAGAAGACACAGAUGAAGAUAGUUUUGAAGAAAUGGAAGUCAAUACUUCAGAUGAUGAUUUUGACUUAGACGAUGAAGUAAAUGAUUUGCGUGAAGAAGAAGAAUUCGUGAAAUACCUGGAGAAAGAUCCUCAAGAACUGAAAAUAGGGGACUGGAUUCUAGUAAAAUUUGCUACUAAAAAAUCAUUUAAAUUUUAUGUAGGGCAAGUAACAGAAGUAGAGCCAUGUUUAGAAGCAAAAUUUGCAAGACGCUCGGGAUCUUCAUCACAAUUUCAUUGGCCAGAUACUCCAGAUGUCUCAGUUAUAAGAAGAGAUGAAAUACAACACUGUUUGCCUGCCCCAGAUAUUCACAGAAGAGGACACUUCCAUUUCAACAUCACAUUUGAGCAAAAUAUAUCCUAA